AUGGGUCACUUACCUUGGACAUUUAUUAUUCGCUUCUUCGUUGUUACUUUUGGGGCUCAUAUCCAGUCGGAAAAGUACCCAAUUGUAAUAAUCCCAGGUGAUGGAGGGUGUCAGGCGUAUAGCAAGCUAAAAAACUCAACAUCACCUCCUUUUUUAGUAUGGAUAGACUUACGUUACUUUCUCGAACCGGGAAAACUAAACGAAUACUUCGGCUUAGUUUAUGAUCCAGUCACCAGAAAGUCUAGAGAUCCUGAUAGCGCAGACGUAUACUUCCCAGGUUGGGGUGAAACGUGGUCUAUUGAAAAUUUGGAUAGUUAUAGACAUAGCAGAACUGAAUAUUGUGGUCCGAUGAUUGAGUCAUUGCGUCGUGAUCCUUUCUUUGUAUCCAACUGGACUAUUCGCGGUGCACCCUUCGAUUUCCGUAAAGCUCCAAAUGAAAACGAGGGCUUUAAUAACAAACUUAUGCACCUGAUUGAGGAGACUUAUCAAAAUGGUGGAAACCGGUCUGUUGUUUUGCUUGGCCAUAGUUUGGGGGCUAAAUACGGGAUAUACUUCUUAAAGUCAAUGAAGAAAAGCUGGAAGAAUACAUACAUCAAAACCUUUGUCUCACUCAGUGCACCUCUUGGUGGUUCAGUAAAGGCUCUUAAAAUCGAAGCAAGUGGAGAUAACUUUGGUGUGUUUUUACGCAGUCCACUUAGUUUCCGCCCUGUUCAGCGCACGCUACCUUCUCUUGCUUUUCUCCUCCCGGAUUCUCGUUUGUGGUCACCAAAGGAACCUCUUAUUAUAACGCCAACAACAAACUAUUCUGCUCAUGACUACGAACGUUUCUUCCAUGAUGUCAAUUAUUCAAUCGGUUUCCAGAUGAUGUUGGACAGUAAAUCUAUAAUUGAUACAUUCGAAAAACCAAGUGAUAUUGAUGAAAUCUAUUGUAUUCAUGGAUCAAAUUUGAGUACCACUGACAAAAUGAUUUAUUCACCGCCCAACUUCUUUCAUAGUGGAUUUCCAGAUCAAGUGCCGACAUUGAUUCCUGGAAACGGUGAUGGUACUGUUAGUCUACGUAGUUUAGAAGUCUGUAAACGUUGGCCUGGUAUAAAAUAUUUCAUGUUACCUGGGGCUGAACAUGUAAAUAUUAUGGGAGAUCCACGUUUUAUUGAUAUUAUUCAUCGAAUUGUUGGUGCUAAUACAACUAAAACAUUAAACUGUUGUUAAUUAUUUUUUUCACUUUAUUAUUUACUUCACUGUAAUAAGAUUCUCAUUUCAUUCAAUUUCCAUAGAA